AUGGAGGCGAUUGCUCUGAAUGGGAGGAUGGUCAGGUGGCAAAUAUUACUUUUCGAAUUUGAUAUAGUAUAUGUGAGCCAGAAAGCCGUGAAAGGGAGUGCAAUAGCUUAUUUUCUAGCUAGCGGAGCCUUGGAGGAUUACGAGCCUUUGAAUUUUGAUUUUCCAAAUGAGGACCUGAUGUAUGUGGCAACCACUGAGGAAAACCCCCAAGUGGAUCUCAUAUGGAAGCUAAAAUUUGAUGAAGCUUCAAACGCUGUAGGUAAUGGAAUUGGGGAAGUCCUGGUAUCCCCAAGCGGAUAUCAUUAUCCUUUUACUUGCAAAUUGGAUUUUGAUUGUACAAACAACAUGGCAAAAUAUGAAGCAUGCAUCAUGGGCAUUCGUGUAGCUAUAGAACGUGAAAUCAAGGUAUUAGAAGUAUAUGAGGAUUCAGCAUUGGUGAUAUACCAACUCAGAGGUGAAUGGAAAACGAGAGAUUCCAAAUUAGUCAAUUAUCAGAAGCUGGUUCUCGAGUUGAUUGAAAAGUUUGAUGACAUUACUUUCUGUUAUCUCCCACGAGAUGAAAACUAG